AUGAGCCUUGUUUUUCACAGCGAUGAGGGGGCGAUGAGGCUUGCAGGGGUGUCUGUGGAGAGCUUUUUUGGCUGGAAGGUGAGCGAGUCGGGACUUGCAAGCAUGGCAGCGGCAGUUGAAGCAACGCCAGCAGAGCAGUCAGCGCCAGCGGCGGCAAGUGGAGCUCCAGAGGUGGCAAUGACGCCUGCGGAGGCAGGUUUACAGGGCGCGUGUCUGGAGAAGCCUACUCGUGAGCGGGCCAUCCAGCAGUAUGCUCUCGCGCACGAGCUGUCACCUUCCGAGGUCACCGACGACCUCUUGGAGAAGAGUGAGCUGGGGAUGGAGGGGUGGGCGUGCAGCGGCUUGGAUGUCAACGCCAGGGGCCCCGUGGGGAACGCGAUGUACCGGUCCUUCGGCAAGCACCCCAACAUGAAGGAGACGUACAAGUGGCUCUUCGAUGAUUUGAAACGCAAGUUUCGCUGCGCUUGGGCGACGCAUCGCAACUUCGACUUUGUGGUCAGCAAGCGCUUCCACGAGAAGCGGGAGAGCACCAAGCACCAGGAGCUGGGGUCCUUCAAGAGCGAGCUGCAGCUGCAAGCGCACCUUGGUGGAGUGGGCGUUCCGGAGGCGGAGAGGCAGAGUGCUACAUCAAGAACUGCGAGAAGUGGCCGGACCGAAGUCUUCGUGAAGUGGAAUGACUGGACGGAGGCGUACAACUACCUGCUGGUGGAGAAGCUGGUGACAAGCACCAACGAGGAGAGCUGGAAGGAUGUCGUGGCCAUGCACGACUCGUCGGCCACCUUCGAGACAGAGUCUGUCAGGUGUAAGGCCAUGAGGAAGUUCGCGGCCUUUCGCAACAAGAUGCAGAUUGCGGUGCCGGGCGUGGAUGACGGCGCCGGCUCAGCCCCGGGGACCCCUGCUCCCAACGCGAGCGAUCCAAAGGAGAAGCCAAAGAAUUCGAAGGCUCGUGGAGGUGCGAAGGGCGCCGCGAAGCCUAAGGCGAAGAAGGAGCUGAGCCAGGAGAAGGAAGCGGAGAAUUUUGCGAAGGAGAUGAUGUGCAAGGUGCAGAAGUCGCAGCAGAUUAUGGACAAGAUCCUGAACCUGGGUGACGACCUACCGUCGGCGUGGAAGUGGGCCAAAACUUUCUUGCAGGACUACGCGCAGCUUACCGCGGAGUUCAAGGAUGCUCUGAGCCCGAAAGAGGGCGACUCCCUGAAGGACUUUGUGGACGAGCUUCGCCUUACCCUCAUCAGCCCGGCAAAUCUCAAAACCUUCAAGAAGCUCUACGGGGACCGGUACUUGCCGUUGAUGUUGUUGUUCCGGGACCGCUGCCAGAAUAUAGUUGCCCAGACCCUCACCCGCAUUUGA